AUGUUGGACAGGAGGAUCACAUCCCUGCUCUCAGUGCUGCUGUGUGUGUCGCUGGCGUCGGUGUCGGCCUUCGUGGAGGAGCUGGACGAUUCCUUCAUGGAGACGAGAGGAGCAGACGACAUCUGGCUCAUUAAAUUCUACGCCCCCUGGUGCACCUUCUGCAAACAGCUGGAUCCUGUUUGGCAUCAGAUCGGAUCAGAACUGAAGAGUCUCGGUUCUCCGGUCAACGUCGGCAAAUCAGAUGCCACCGCCAGCACUGGUUUGGCCAAAGAGUUCAGGGUCAGAGGUUAUCCAGCCAUCCUCAUGUUGAAGAAAGACGUGAAAUAUAAUUAUUCAGGACCGAGAACCAAAGAUGGAAUCAUGGACUUUGCUCAUCGAGUUGGAGGGCCGCUGGUUCGAUCUCUGAGAAGUUUGGAGCUUUUCCAACACGCCAUGACUCGCCAUGAUGUCAUGUUUGUUUAUGUUGGAGCCACAUCACAGCUGAAGGGAAACUACACGUCUGCUGCUGAGGAGCUGAUCGUCCACACCUACUUCUUCUCUGCUACCAGAGACGUCCUGCCAAAGGCCAUCUCUCUGCCCUCUCUGCCGGCUGUGGUGGUGUUAAAAGAUGGGACCUACUUCACCUACGAUGAGGAACAUGACGGGGAUCUGAAGAUGUGGAUCAACAGAGAACGUUUCCCAAACUACUUCAAGAUUGACAGCUACACUCUGUAUGCCAUGGGAGAGUCAGGUAAACUGGUGAUGUUAGCGCUGGUGGAGGAGAAGAACCUGUGUGACGAAAGUCUGAGGUAUAAAGGUCUGGUGGAGAAAGUGGCUGCAGAGCACAGAGAGACCUACAGCAGAAACUUCUACUUCGGCUUCAUGGAAGGCAGCGACUACAUCAACGGACUGGUGAUGGGCGAGGUGAUCGUGCCAUCGUUCAUCGUGGUUAAUCUGUCCAAUGACGGCUACUUCCUGCCGCCGGGCGCCGUGGAGACGGAACACCACCUGCUGGACUUCUUGAACGGGGUUCUGGACGGCAGCAUCCAGUGUCAGGGAGGAAAUGGUGUUGUUCAGCGCAUCGGACGCUUCGUUUAUGAUACCAAAGUCACGCUAACUCCGGUGUUCAGCCAGGCUCCACUGCUCGGCUGCUUCCUGGUUGGCUUCCCUCUUGCCAUCGCUGCCGUCUUCUGUUACCUGUGCUGCAAAGCCCGACCCAAAAUUGGCGACGACGAUGACGAAGACGGCGUCGCGCUGUUAGCACCGUCACUGCAGCGCCGCAAAGAAAGCGCCAACAAGAAGACUGACUAAUGACGUAAGAGAAGGACUGCACUGAUCCAGACUUAGACCCAGAGCACGUGACCGUCCAUCACAG